AGAGUAUGUCUUUCACAGUAUUUGAACCGUACGUUAAUUUUGGUUAGCGAAUUGAAGCAUCGUAUUGGCGGGAAAAAGAAGCAAUGAGAUCGAUAAAGAGAAGAGGCGAAAAGGAAGAAGAGAGUGGCAGUGAAAUGUUGUGCACAAAUUUCAGAAUUAAGCCAAGGCGCAACGAAAAUCUUCUCCGAUCAGCGGCAUUGGCCGGAGUUUGAGCAGAAGAGAAACAGAACAAUGUACGGGCCUGAUAGAAACCCUAAUAAUUUGGCGCCGGAGAAUAAAACGGCGGCGAAAUUAGGCGAUCAGGUGGAAGGAAUUAGUGGAAGUGAGAAACCUAACGUGGUCAGAGUUCCGAGAGUAAAAGUGGUUGCUCCUCCGCCGUUGACGGCUGAGCCCAAGGUGCCUUCCAAGUUUUCGCAUCCGGCAAUCCGGUGGCCGUUAUAUUCUUUAGGAGGAUAUCUCAUCUUGAGGUGGGCUUGGACAAGAUGGAAAGAGAGCCAAUCUGAUGGAGACGACAAAGGCAAAAAGAAAAAAGGAUCUUAGAAAACAUAAUUUUAAUUUAGGUGAUCAAUAAUAAAAUAAGCUCAAAUUGACUCUCUAUUAUUUAGAAUGCUUUAUUUUGCUACGAUUUGAGCCCAAGGCUUUCUUUCCCUUCUACAUCAACUUUCAUCUUUGCCACAAAUAAGGCUUCCAAUGGUAUUUUUUACCAUUAUUAUUGUAAUACGAAGUAAAUGAAAGUUACUAUAUUUAC